CCAGCAGAGUGUGACGUGGACACACCUGACAUGGAGGAUCCUGGUCCAAAAGUAAGUCUGUGUGGACUCAAGGAUUAUGUUGUCGAAGACGGUAGUAGGACGAAAACAGCGGUAUGCAGCGCAAAGCUCCAAAGGCUAAGAACAGCCUUAACUUUUUAGUGUCUGAAGGAAGAGACAGUCUUGGUGGUCUACAACAUAGAUGAGCUAAACCAGGGUCUGCAAUCGCACACAUUAAGGACCGGGGUCCACUUCAGCACAAACAUGGCAACCCAGCUGACUGUGCCAUCUGUACUGAAGGAGUUUUGCCCGCUCUACUACCUCCUGAAUGCAAUCCCACCUAAGGUCCAGCGUGGGUUCAGGUCGGUCCUGGUCUACUUGACAGCUCUGGACUGCAGCAGUGACUUCCUGGCAGUGGGAAGCAGUAUUGGCAUGCUCUACCUUUACUGUCGCCGCCUCGCCCACAUGAACAAGUACAGUCUGGAGGGUAAGUGCGACACAAUCACAGCUGUGAAGCUGCUCAGCUGUUUUGAUGAUCUAGUUGCCGUGGGAACAGCUUCAGGUCGGGUUGCAAUCUUCCAGCUGGUGUCCCCACUUCCUGGUCGCAACAAACAGUUGAGGCGGUUCGACGUGGUCGGUCUUCAUAAAGGCUCUGUAACAUCUUUGGCGUGGAGCACCAAUGGCAUGAAACUUUUCUCUGGAGAUGAUAAAGGACGAAUUGUCUUCUCUGCUCUGGAUCUGGACCAGGGGGUGUGUAAGCCUGUACUACUGUUGGAGGAGUCCUCAGGUGUAGUUCAGAUGGAGUACAGUCACCAGGUGCUGCUGGUGUCCACACAGCAGAGAUCUCUGCUUUACUGCACACAGAAACAGGAAGUGCAGCAGCUGGGCACCAAGCCCCGCAAAAGUAGCGGCAGGUUUGGAGCCUGCUUCCUGCCGGCUCUCUGUAAACAGAGUGAUCUUCAGGUGUUUGCUGCUCGACCUGGACUCAGACUGUGGAGGUCAGACAUCAGAGGACAGGUGGAGGACACAAGACUGCUCAAACCACUCUUUAACGCGCAGAUCCCUCAGUUUGAGUUGUUUCCUCGUCCUGGUCCAAUUGGAGCAUGUCGUCCAGCAGACCAACAGAUUGGUCUGCUCAGCUGUUUCCUCAGAGAUGGCUGGAUCCUCAGCUGGAACGAGUACAGCAUCUAUGUCCUCGACUAUCUCAAUGAGGUUAUAAUCGGCGCACUGGAGAGCAGUGGAGAUAUCGUAUCAGUGUCGUGUUGUGAAAAUGAGAUCUUCAUCCUGAAAGGAGACAGAGACAUCAUCCGCCUCUCCAACAGCCCAGAGGGUCUGGCCUCCAACUUGUCGGAGCUCUCUGUCCGUCUGUCCUCACCUUUGACUACGCCCACCAUCGUUCCACCAACCGGGUCAGUGGAAACAGCUCAGCCGAUCAGAACUGUGGCCCUCAUUGUAGAGAGUGGGGGGAGGGAGGAGGGAAGAGGAGGAGGGGAGAGACUCUGUGAGGAGGGAGAGAAAGAAGAAGAGGAGGAGGAAGGAGUAGAGGAAGUGGAAGAGGCAGAAGAGCAGGAGGAGCAGCUGGAGCUCUGCCAGUGGUCUGGUUUGGUAACCAGCAGCUCCUGUAGUCGUAGCAGCUCUGUCACUUCCUGGGACAGUGUCCAUGGACGUGCCCCGGUGACUGUAUCCUGUGAGCUGACCAGACGCUACAGCGCCCCCCUUGGUCAGGAUGAGAUGCAGCAGGAGCUGGUAGUGAAAGCCAUCAGGGUGAAAAAGAAGAAGAGGAGACAGCAAAACAGCAGCAGUGGGAACCAUCUCUCAGAGUGUAGCUGUUCAGACUCCAUGUUUAUAGUCCCAGACAGCAGCUGUAGUGACGGAGGGAGUGGAACUCCUCUGAGUGACCAAGCCUCCCUCAUCGGGCUGGAUCUUCACAACCAGGGCUCUCCAGAACAGGACCAAGACUCACAGAAGGCAGGAAGGGGAGGUUUAGCCAGAGGUGUAAAGAAUGGAGAGGAGGUGGACUCUUCCCCCAGCCAGUCUGGCUCUCUCGUCCUAGGGUCCCUGGUCCUUCAGGGUCUAGAGACCCAGCUGAACCCAGGAAUGUCCUCUGGUCCUGGUCUAGAGACAGAGGUUGUCCCUUCAACCCCAGAUGUAGAUCUGCUGCUGGAGUGCACCUUCUCCUACAUGCACAACACUGAGGAGGAGCAGGCUGGACAGGAGCAGCAGCCAAUGGAGGACCAAGAGGAGGAGUUUCUGAGUCCUCUGACUGGAACAGAGGAGGAGGAGGAUGACCUGGUGCCCCUUGCUGGUGUGGCAGACCAGAUGUUUUACUCUACUGUGUCCAGCCUGGACAGAAAACCCAGUAUGUCCAGUGAUGAGGAAGGAGACAUCUACUGUCAGACCCUUCCCCCUGCUGGCAGUGGAGGAGAUGUCCACACUGGGCUGACCAAUCAGAAGGAGAAGAUGACAGAUAGCCAGGAUGCUCAGGACAGAGACAGACUCAAACCUGACCAGUUGGCAGAAUGCUGGAUGGGAUACUCAGGACCGGGUUGUGGAAUAGUAAGCCUACAGGUGACUGACAGGUAUGUGUGGUGCCUAGACUUUAAAGGAGGACUGUUCUGCAGCAGUCUGCCUGAAACCGGACUCAGUUGGCAGCGCUUUGAAGACAACGUCCACCAGGUGGCGUUAUCACCAUCAGGUAAUCUCCUGUGGAAGGUGGAGCAGAAGAGCAUGACGGCAUUUGCAUGUGCUAAAGUGUCGGUUAAAGGAAAACGCCACUGGUACAAAGCUGUAGAGCAAACAGCCUUUGUUGCUCUGAGUGAUGACUCUGCUUGGAUCGUCAGGACUAAUGGUGACCUCUUCCUGCAGACAGGUCUGAGUGUGGAGCGUCCCUGUGCACGCUCGGUGAAGGUGGACUCCCCUUGUGUGUUCAGCCAGGUGUGUGUGAGAGGAGGCGUGGUCUGGGCUCUGAGCGAACACAAAGCUUUAUUCUACAGAGAGGGAAUGAAUAGCUACUGCAACGAGGGAGAAGGCUGGAAGUAUGACACUGUCAGUGAGGCUCAGGGUCUGGAGCUGAUGUGUGUCGCCCUGGGAGAAGGAGGGACAGCCUGGGCACUGGACACCAGAGGCAGCCUUUGGUUUAGAACCGGCGUCUGUGCAUCCAAACCGCAGGGAGACGACGACCACUGGUGGCAGAUCAGCAUCUCAGACUACGUGGUCUUCGAUCAGGGCAGUUUGUUCCAGACACUUCUGCAGGCCACACAGAGUGUUGCCACGGUAACCAGAGCACCGGUGGAGCGGGUGGUGGCCUUCCUGUCGCAGUACUCCCAAUGCCAGCCGAGUCUGGUCAGUGCCAACACCAGCGGAGUCUGGGUUGCAUCGGGACGGAACCAGCUGCACGUGGCCCGUGGCAGUCUUGUGGGAACUUUCUGGCAGAACGUCGUUCCAAGAGGGACCGUCUCGGCCACCAGGUGGACCUUCAUCACAUCUUCAGCUGUGCCUCAUAGAGAAGGUACAUUCCUGUGGUUGGCUCAGAGCAGGAAGGAUCUGUUCUGUGUGUGGGAUCAGGAUGGAGAGCUCCGCCCCUCGUCAGUCCCUCUCCUGCCUGAGAUGGAGCUGACUCACCUGUCUGCCUGCCGUGAUGCUCUGUGGGGUUUGGACACACAUGGCCGAAUCAGCAUUCGUACACUCUCUCCGUCCUGUCCCACUGGCCUGCACUGGACCCCUCUGGACCUCAGCCAGCUCGGAAGUGUUCGUCUGGUCAGUGUGAGCUGUGGCAGUCAGAACGUCUGGGCUGUCGACAGUCGAGGAGUCGUUUACUUCAGAGUUGGAACUCAACCAAUGAAUGCAAGCAUGAUGCUGCCGGCCUGGAUCCACAUAGAACCACCUGUACAGCCAAUAGGAGUGCAGCUGGUCAGUAUUCAGACGAGUCCCAACGAUCACCUCCUCUGGGUGCUGGACAACAGAGGCACCGUCUUCGUAAGAACUGGACUCUGUGAUGAGAUGCCUGUGGGGACAGACUGGGAGCUAGUGCCAGGGUUAGUGGUCAGUCAGCUGGUCCUUAGCUGUCGGACUGUUUGGGUUCGCUGUGUAAAUGGAGAUCUGGCUCGACGUUACGGCGUCUCGGACAGAAACCCUGCAGGAGAUUACUGGAAGAAGAUUCCUGGAAAUGCCAACUGGGUAACUGUGACUCCAGAGGACGAGUUGUGGGCGGUGACUCUGACUGGUGGAUUGUCUCGCCGGCUGACAAAGCUCCUCCCCCAGACACCCACUAGACCUGCCCCAGGACCUAUCAGUGGGGAUGACGUUGAUGACGAAUGGGAGCUCAUCUGACCUGUGACAUCACUGUGAUGUCACCACAGGUUGGUGUUUGUCCAUCUGAUCUGGAUUCAUCUGGCAGAAUGCUGUAAUGUCACAGUGACAUCACUUGCUGUGACAUUAAAGUUUAGGACCAAUCUGGAGCAAGACGUCAACAAACGGAGUCCACAUGGCUGCUGGGAAAUGAAGUGAACCGAAGGGUACCGUGGGUGCGGGUGUUUUGAUGCAUGUCACACUGACUGCGUGCCGUGCCCUUCAGUCAGUCAGCACAUUUUCCUACAGUUUAGUUCAGACUUAUUGAUUAUGGUCAGAGAGCACUUAGCGUCAUGCUAACGAUGACAUUAAAGGGAUGUUUCACUCUAAAUUAGUCCAGUUUGUACGAUUGAUGUAGAAAACUUAAUGAUUAACAGCACAUUAGUGGUCAGAAUUUAAAGGGGAUGCAGAGACACCAGGACUCAUGCAGAGGACAGGGGGGUCAUCAUGGUCCCAGUGUUUGGUUUUAGUUCACAAGAUGCUAGAUUUAAUUUCAUUUGAGGAUUUUAACUGACUGUAGCCUCGAUUUAUAUUUUUCUUUGAAUGAUGCAUUGUGCGAUGGCAGCGGAAGUGAAAAUCUUUCUGCCCAUUCAGCCGAGAUCAGGCUGGUUUAUUUUAUUCAGGCGGUUUCACUGAGACGUGCCCUCUCUUCACAUUCACACUUGUGGGCUUCCCAGAACAACCGGUCUGAUCUGCUGAAGGCAACUCAGUGUUGUUGACUGGGGGAAAGAGCCGGGACAUUUGGGACACAGUUUGCAUCUCUAGACCACCGUGGCCCAAACUAGUUUUUGAUCGGACCCCCAGCACUGACUCUACUCCGCUGACUGAACCAUCAGAGUCAGAUAAUGUGUUGGAUUGAAGUUGCAGGUUUUCUUCUGUGCGGAAUGUGGCCUCUGGUGUUUGUCUGCCGUCUCUGUUACCAUGGCAACAGAGCCCUGCUCACUGGGGUGACUCGUGAAAAUGUGUAAAAAUGUAAAUUUAAUAAAUAUUUGUUUGUUUGAUGCAACACGUUCAGUGUUGAAAAGAUUCAGCCUGGACCCUGGUGGACUGGACCUGCAGUAAGGUUCCACUCUGAGGUCUGAAAUGUCUCUAAUGUAUUCACCAUGGAGACCUGAGCAGGUGUCAGCUGAUUGGUUGGAUGUUCUGUUGCUGCCCAAUAAGAAUUCAGUGUACUAACCUGCUGUGAUGUUAUUCAUUAACUUAAUAAACAUGGUCAAACACUGAAGCA